AGUGGGCAGAGCCAGCCUACGCCCUGACAGAGUUGGUGGGCAGGGGCUCGCCGCGCAGCCAGCUUCACAUGGGAAACAUCAUCCGGGCCCUCGUGGCUUUCAUCCCCACCGACCGCUGCCAGAGUUAUGUGGUGGGAGACCUCCGAGAGAUGCCUCUGGACAGGAUGGUGGAUCUGAGUGGGAGCCAGCUCCGUCGCUUCCCACUGCACGUGUGCUCCUUCACCGAGCUGGUAAAGCUCUACCUCAGCGACAACCACCUUCACAGCCUGCCUCCCGACCUGGCACAGCUGCAGAACCUGCAGAUCCUGGCCUUGGAUUUCAACAACUUCAAAGCUCUUCCCCAGGCGGUGUGUACCUUGAAACAGCUCUGCAUCCUCUACCUGGGCAAUAAUAAACUCUGUGACCUCCCGGAUGAGCUCAGCCUGCUCCAGAACCUCAGGACCCUGUGGCUUGAGUCUAACUGCCUCACCCGGCUCCCGGAUGUGGUCUGUGAACUGAGUCUUCUUAAAACCCUGCAUGCAGGUUCCAACGCUCUACGUCUGCUGCCCGGCCAGCUCCGGCGCCUGCGCGAGCUCAGAACCAUCUGGCUCUCAGGCAAUCAGCUCGCUGACUUCCCCUCAGUGUUGCUUCACAUGCCCUUCCUGGAGGUGAUAGACGUGGAUCGGAACAGUAUCCGCUACUUCCCCAGCCUGGCCCACUUGACAAAUCUGAAGCUGGUCAUCUAUGAUCACAAUCCUUGCAGAAAUGCCCCGAAGGUGGGCAAAGGUGUUCGCCGCGUUGGGAGAUGGGCAGAGGAGACCCCAGAACCUGACCGCAGAAAAACUAGGAGAUCCGCACUGGCCAAGGAAGAGAACCAAGAGCCGCCUCCCCUUCUUCCUCCCAGCUCUUGAGCAGCUGCUGUUGAAGAGCAAUUCAGAGGACCCAUCUGUUCCGAAGGCAUCUCUUUGGAGCAGAAGGCAUAGUCCUGGUUCAUCCCAGGGCUGAUGGAGAGCCAGUCGAGGUUAUACAGGACUAUUGAGAAGAAAGCAUUUCCAGUCCACAGCACCUCUUCCUAAGGGGAAGGUGUGUGCUGUUGCUGACCUGGAACCCAGAGUGACUGUCACUCCUGUGCCAGAAGCAGCUCCUUCAGAUGAGCUACUUGGAAACACUGGAGAGCAAGAAGGGCCACACACCACACCAGCCUUUUCCACUCUGCAGAAGUGGCUGGUCACAAGGCUAGUGAGUGCUUCGUAUAUGGUGUUUGUUAAAAUAAAGAAUGCUAUCAAAUGCUCGGGUGGUCUGUCUCUCGCUCUCAUACCUACCUAUUUCCUUACCAUGAAGUUCCGUGUAGUAUCAAUGUACUGGUGUUACUAACUUGGCUCCUGAAAGGGACAACUCUACCUUGUCAGGCUUGUUUUA